AUGUCUUUGAUUAUACCUGGUCCUUCUCCAAGUUAUGAUAUUGAUGUUUACUUGCAACCAUUAAUCGAGGAAUUAAAGGAGUUAUGGGAAGUUGGAGUUGACACAUAUGAUGCUGUGAAAGAUGAAACAUUUUCUUUAAAGGCAGCCUUUUUAUGGACAAUCAGUGACUUCCCUGCUCAUGCAAUGUUUUCCGGAUGGAGCACCAAAGGAGAAUUUUCCUGCUCGAAUUGCAAUCAUAAGACUUGGUCCAAAUACCUGAAGUAUAGCAGGAAAAUGUGUUACACGGGACAUCGUAGAUCUUUGAAAGAAAAUCAUCCAUGGCGUCGUAAUAAGAGAGCUUUUGAUGGCAAUGUAGAGACAAGGCCUCCUCCUCCUACUAGAUUCUUGGGUUCUGAGGUAUUAAAGGAUUUAGAAGGUGUGCUCGAUACUUUACUUGAUAUCCCAAGAAAGACUAAGGACCAUGUGGCAGCCCGCUUUGAUUUACAGGAUAUGGGUAUAAGAAAUGAAGUCCAUCCAAAGAGAACAAAUAAUAGAGGGAAGCGUUUAUACUCAAAAGCCUGUUUGUCUUUAUUUUCUAGUGAAAAAGACUUGUUCUGCAGUGUGAUAAAAGGUGCUAAGUUUCCCGAUGGUUGUGCAUCAAACAUCUCUAGAUGUGUCCAAUCCAAUGAGAGGAAGUUUGCUGGUUACAAGAGCCAUGAUGCCCACUUUAUGCUUCAUUAUUUGCUCCAAAUUGCGGUAAAGAAUGUGUUGCCUAAGCAAGUAGAAUCGACUUUGAUUAGGCUAGGAUCCUUUUUCAGGGGUUUAUGUAGGAAAGUUUUAUGGCCUAAAGAUCUCAAUGAUCUUGAAUCUGAAAUCAUAGAGAUACUUUGCCAACUUGAGAAGAUAUUUCCCCCAAGUUUUUUUGACAUAAUGAUUCACCUUCCACUUCAUCUUAUAGAGGAGGUAAGGCUUGGGGGCCCUGUUCAAGGUCGAUGGAUGUAUCCGAAAGAGCGGUAUUUGGGUAAAUUGAAGUCUUAUUUCCAAGUUGAAUGGGCACCUAGAAAUGAUGAUGAUACUGCAUCCAAUCAAGAUGGAAGCCUUUUUCUAAUUGAACAUCAAGAUUUUGUGAAUCGUCAAAGAAGUCAAGGUAGACGGGUUAAGCAGAGUAGGUGGGAGAGAGCACAAGAGCAUAGUCAUGAUAUUGGAGCAUGGUUCAAGGAUUGUGUACGGGAAGAAAAUGUUUCCAAAGAAAUCAAGGCUUUAUCCCAAGGUCCUGACUAUACUGUGAGAAGUUUUAAAGGGUACCUAAUAAAUGGUAACAAAUUUCAUACAACUGCACAUGAGUCAAAAAGGAAAACUCAAUGUAGUGGAGUUAGUGUAACAUCUUCAAUGUCGAGUUUUGCAAGUUCUAGGGAUCAAAAUCCUGUUGUUGGGGAUGUAAAAUAUUAUGGAGUGGUGGAUUAUAUCAUUGAUUUAGAUUAUUUUUGUCAUUUUAAAGUGGUAUUGUUUCGCUGUAAUUGGUUUCAAGUGGAGCAAGAUGAGUUUGGGCUAUUAUGUGUAAAUUUUAAAAGGUUAUGCUAUACUAAUGACCCUUUUGUGAUGGCUAAUCAAGUAAACCAAGUUUUUCAUGCGCGAGAUUCCAAAGAAAAGCAUUUGCAUUACGUUAUGGAAACUAUCCUCGGAGACUUCUUUGAUAUGAGUGAAGAAUCGAAUGGUUAA